AUGACGCAGCUUCAUUCGAUUGCGAGCCUGGACUACGGAGACGGUCGCACUUGCGUCUGUCGCAUCUGCGAGUGUGGUAAACACAAGUGCAAGGAUGUGAAGCUUCCCUUCUUUGGUGAGACAACGUACCGUGACGAGUACGUUCCAAAGAGCACGGAGCGGGAGGGGCUGCGCAGGACCCGGGCCGCGGUCUUCCCGACGAGGGCGGAGCCAGGCCAUUUCAAGACGACGAAGCAGGAGGCGUGGGAGCCGCUCGAAGGCAAAGUAGUGCGGCCCGCCGACUCCUUUAAGCCGCGCACGGCGCUGGGCGAUCCGCUGCCUUUCACUGGCACAACGACGCACCGCAACGACUUCCCGGGUCACAUGCCGGAGCAUGAGCGGGUGCGCUACAGGCAGGAGCCCCUGCCCAAGUUGAAGGGCUUAUAUGAGACGACAAACGGGGCAAUGCAAGAGCCCAUCAAGAGGUGCUUGGAUGACGGGCUCAUGCCGAAGCCGCCCAAAUCCUUCCGCGGCGACGAAUCACUCGCUCAGGCACUGCCGUUUGACGCCAUUGCAACCUACACAGCGGACUUUCCACCGAAGCAGCCGUUCUUCGCGCCAAGAGACCGGCAGGCGGCGGAGCGCGCGGCGCUGCCCGACAAUCGUGAUUUUGAGACGACAAACUCGACUUCAUACAAACUGCCGCCGCGCUUAAUGCGCCACGUUUGCCCAGCCGGGCUUGUGCCCCCGCGCCCGCCGUCGGUGGACGGCCACAUUAAGGUCUCCGUGUACGACAUUCCCUCGGGCGACAUCAUGGACUAG